AUGGCCGUCGGGGCAAACAAAGUAUCCAAGCAGAAACCCGAUAACCCGCCUGGAAAACCCGUCGCCAAAGCAGGAGCGACGUCGGCGAAGCAGCCUCGGAAGAGCCUCGAAAAGAAACGGACCUCGGAUGCAGCAUCAGCCAGUAAAUCGAAAAAACCUCAUCGUUACAGACCUGGUACGGUUGCAUUACGGGAAAUCCGACACUAUCAAAAAUCCACUGAUCUCCUGAUGCGGAAACUUCCCUUUGCGCGACUGCUCGCGCGACACUCGAGACCGAACCUGACUCCAAACGACCACGACAAGAAAGCACAUACCAAGCGGAUAUUCCAGACAGACAACGCCGAGCAGCGGAAGAUGAGAGGACGAUUAACCGGGUGGUCGACAGUCCCCAGGGCGCCGGUCGGACGAUCACUACACACGAACAGUCGAUCCUCGGAUCCAGCACGGUUGGCCAAGUGGGAAGAAGACACGAAGGCCGGGAUGGGGCAAGAUGACCAGCCCGACGACCACUCCGCCAACGACCGUCGUCGCCAUCCAUACUCUCUGCACGAGUUCCGAGCCCUGCCGGGGGCGAUGCCUAGGCCGUUGAACGAGCUGCGUGAACGGCUUGAAAUCGAGGAUCUUCAGUGGAUCAUGUUCAGGAACCGGGUCGAUAAGCUCAACCAAGCCUUCUGGGAAACUCAAUCGACCCGAUUCGAAGCCCUCGAGCAGGCCCAGAAAGACUCCGUCCUUCUUGCCCAGAUCGACCACAACACCCAACGACUACCACCAGCGUCAGCAGCCAACGACGAAUGA